CAAAGCGGUAGAGGUGUGAACAGAGGAUGGAGGAGACCUAGAGAUUUUAAGUGUGCAUCCGUGGUACAGGCACAGAGGUCAGAAAACACUAUAUAAUCCUUAAUGUAAAUGGGUAGGCCUGGCCACCAGAAAUUCCUUUUGAUCAAAUUCCAAGUUUUGAAUUGGACAAAAUGGCCUGCAAGUGGUAAAUUGUGGCACAAUUUCAAUACCUGACGCCUAUGUUGUCCCUCUAGAACAUCAACACAACCCCUGCAACAGAGGAGGCUUUUCUGAAAUUGCAACUUGGAACCAGAUGUUAACAACAAGGAAUCCAGAUGGGGUGCAGGUGCUGUAAAAUGAUACAAAGCUACAUCUUUGAUCCGGAAGAGGUACAAUCCCCAAGGCACACCAAUGAAAUAAACAGUUACAAACCAGACAAGCAAGACAGCAAUAUAUCCAAAGGCAAUCAAAACAGUGGAACUCUCGUGCAUAAAAAUGAACUACAAAACGAGGUGUUAAAGAGGACGGAAAACAAAAACAGGAUCAAUAACACAAAAGAGGCUUUCUGGAACCAUGGAAGAACUGCUCUUCAUGAGGAAGGGAUAGGAAACUGUGUUGAAAAGUCUGACAAUGCUCACAAUGGUGUCAAUUCCUGUAGUAGUACGUAUCCCAUUCCUAACCCCAACAUAAACCAAGUCAAAGAAACCUCCACACAUGAAAACAACAGCCAGUCAGCAAGUUCUUUAGCCAACAGGACAGGAGACCUCUACACCAAUGGACUCUCUCAACCAAGUGAAUCUGGCAAAGGACGUGACCCAAAAACAGGCAGUCACAAGAAGCCAGAUUCAGAAGAGGCUGAAAGUUCUCUAGAUGAGUACUCACCAUCCACAGGAGAAAACAACUCACUCACUGAAAGUGCAAUACUGGACACACAAAAUGAUGCCAUCCAAUUACCAGACACUGAUCACCACCAAACCAUAAACUAUAAUGCUCUUGAAAAAGAUAGUUUUUCAGACAAUUACACACAUUCAGACCAAAAUGCAGAGUCUAUAGUGAUAAACAAGGGUGAGGAUCCUGGCCCAAGCCUGCCUAUGCACAUGAAGGAAAACUAUGAUUCAUUGGACAAAGUGCUUAAAACUGAGUGUAUAAAUGUACAUGUCAAAGAGGACAUGCCUGAUGGUAUUGCAUCCAAGGGCCUCAUAAAAGAAGAAGAGGUGAAACACACUAACCAUAAAGACAUUAAUGGAAAAAUUGAAGAGGAAGAAGAGGAGGAUGCAGAUGUGGCAGAAGCUCUUGCAGCUCUGGAAGCUGCAACCGCAGGGGAAGAUUAUGAAGAGGAUGAUGAGUAUUAGAUAGAGAUUUCUUUCUAACCGUUUGAUAGUAAGCUUACUUCUGGAGCUGUGUGAAAUAUUAAUGAAUGCAUGUGUUGUGCACAAUAGACAAUUAUUGCAUAAAGCACAAGAACAGGGGCUGGGGCUAGAACCUUGAUCAUUCAGCUGCUAAAACAGAGUCCUUCACCACCUGAACUAAAGAACUCCCUUGGCUUUUGGUAGUAAUAAGGCCCAUAUCUUUCCCACAGGCCAAAGACAGGGAUGAAGUAUCACUCACACAAAAUCAGCAUGUUACAGUAUAGCCAUUCCAACUCUCAUGUGAUUGCUUAGCCACACAACUGCAUUAUUUCAGAGUAAAAAUAUAAAACUGACCCUUGGUUCAAAAACCUUUCAGCACACUUGACCUGUGAUUCCAGUUUAUUGCAAGGCAUGAAACCAGGCAAUUUUCAUAUGUUUGGGUUUCACUGUGAUGACAUCUCACAGCUCUGAUAAUUUCUUGGUCACAAUCUCUUGACUCACCAAUUGUUUGCAAAUGGAUUUUGCCUGGUGGCCUCCCAGAAGUAAUAAAACUGAUUUGUAAAGAAAAAAAAAGACAGUGAGGGCCUAAAUCCAUCCUGCUGUAACUGGACUGCAGUCCCUACAUUUACAGCAGGGAGACAGCUGGCCCUGAAUCAAGUACCCACACUUUAGAACUUUUGAAUCUCUAUUUUUAGAAAUGUUUAUUCUUCUGGAUAAUUUCUUCUUCUUUUUUAAUGUUCAGAGAACUAUGGUAAACUUGCUCUUGUAAAAUUUCUGGUUGGGAGCAAAAGAGAUAUGGAAAAUAAAUACUUCAUGUUUAAAGUCACCAAAUAUUGGACACUAUUAAAUGGCUGAAAUAGAAAAUGAGUUCCAAGUUAUAUAUGGAAAAUUGAUAGCUCCUGAAUUGAUUAUAAAUUGUUAAUAAACCAUUAUCUGUUGACUUUUA